AACACACGUACAUAGCUGAUGUAGGGGGAUGGAGCGACAGGCAGUAAACGGUGAGAGGAGACGGAUAAACUGGGGAGACCUUCUGGACGAGGCCUGGGGAAAAGACGAACCGCUCGCUCAGCACGCCACGCCGACGGUGCCGCCCGACAUUUGGCCGACGUGUCAUGACUGUGAUUCCUCCCUCGACGACCAAGACAAAGAGAACAGUACGGAGAACGACACGAAAGGAGCUCACAAACACACAGGAAUAGUCACCAGCGUUGGGAGAGAGGGUAAAAUAGCUGCAGGCUCGAGCUUUCUCCCUCUGGGACCAAAGUUUUUCUCCGAACUUUCAAAGUCUUCAAAACUACCAUCAAUAGAGAUAAACAGGAAAUGGGUGGCUAGGGACACCGGGAGGCGUGUUAGAAACACCUCAGGUCCUACUAGCAAAACCAAACUCCAACUGAAGCGCAGCUCGGGAGCGACUACAACCACCGCUAACAAGAAACGCCGCGAGAAACUUCGCCAGCUUUGCCUCGACUUGGGCCAGAAGAGUUUCGGCCAUGCGACGUGUCGUGCGUGUGGAAUGGUCUACUCUCUCGGGCACACCCAAGACGAGGCCGACCACGCACGGUUCCACAGACGCUACCUGUCGGGAAUUUCCUUUCACGGCUGGAAGAACGAGCGGGUCGUUGAGGUGUUUUUCGACGGGCGAAUCCUGGCGGUGUUUCCAGACGAUCGUAGACACCAUUUGAGAAAAGUCCGGGAGUUGUGUUCGCUGGUUGAUUCUGAGCUGGGGUUGGCCGCUGGAGUCAGUCCUUGGAGACCCACCACUAAGAUGUACCUAUAUGUGUCAGCUGCCAAGAAAGUCAUGGGAUGUGUAUUUGCUGAAAGAAUAUCAGAGGGAUAUCCAGUACUCGGUUCACCCUCAACUGCACACGAUAGUCGAAACUCCUCUAGUACGACAUCAUCGUCAAUGACAUCAUUAUCAAUUACAUCGUCGUUGUUGUCAGAGGGCCAGCAUCUGGAUUCACAAUCUGCAUGGUACUGCAGCUCUACCCCGAGGCCGGCUAUAGUGGGAGUCAAUAGAGUGUGGGUGUGUCGGCAACAUCGGAGGAGGGGUGUGGCCUCACGCAUCCUGGACACUAUCAGAUUCAAUUUCAUUUCUGGGAGCAUCGUCUCGAAAGACCAGCUGGCCUUCUCAGACCCAACCCCCAGUGGGAAAGCUUUUGCAGCCUCCUACUGUGGCACAGAGAACUUUCUAGUUUACCAUUGGAACAGUUGACUAUAGUGUGAUCAUUAUUAUGCUGUAAAAUCAGGAAAAAUUAUUUUCUUGUUC